AUGAUUGGGAAAGAGAAGGGAGUUGUGGGCGCCAGGGGUAAGGCCCCCGAGUGGAGAUUGGGCGAUUGGAUGGUGGUUGGCUGCGCGAGCGCUUGGGGGAUUACAGAGUGUAUUCGAUAUGGAUAUUUUGUGGUGCAGUGUUUGGGUUCUGCAGUACCUCGAUGGUUGAUUUGGUUGAGAUACAAUACCUUUUUCGUUCUCUAUCCCAUUGGUAUUUCGAGUGAAUGUACAUUGAUUUACAAAGCCAUUGCACCGGCGUGGGAUAUUCAGCCUGUGGUUGCAUGGUUUUUCAUAUCGAUGCUAGUCAUCUACCCGCCAUUUUGUUAA